GCCAAUUUCCUUAUUCAAAAUUUCUAGCCGUUUUCAGCCACAUGCCUACCUUUAAAUCCCAAAUUUAUAGCCGUUUCAAAGGGUUCAUUUUCCAAUCCAUUUCUUUUUAUAAGUCCCAAUAUUUCUCCUAUUCAUUCACUCCUUUUUCUUGCCGCAGGCGUCUUUGGUACCUUCAUUCUGCUCUCUGAAACUGAACAAUCUUUUUACAGCUAACAACCAAAAAUGAGAGAGUGCAUCUCAAUCCACAUCGGUCAGGCUGGUAUCCAAGUUGGUAACGCCUGUUGGGAACUCUACUGCCUUGAACAUGGCAUUCAGCCUGAUGGACAAAUGCCAAGUGACAAAACAGUUGGAGGCGGAGAUGAUGCUUUCAACACAUUUUUUAGCGAAACUGGAGCCGGAAAACAUGUCCCUCGUGCCGUGUUUUUGGAUCUGGAGCCAACUGUUAUCGACGAAGUUAGGACCGGGACUUACCGCCAAUUGUUCCACCCCGAACAGCUUAUUAGUGGCAAAGAAGAUGCUGCCAACAACUUUGCCAGAGGCCACUAUACAAUUGGCAAGGAAAUAGUGGAUCUGUGCCUUGACAGGAUCAGGAAGCUAGCCGAUAACUGUACUGGGCUUCAAGGGUUUUUGGUAUUCCAUGCUGUUGGUGGUGGAACUGGAUCUGGUCUUGGCUCUCUGCUUCUUGAAAGGCUUUCUGUGGACUAUGGCAAGAAAUCGAAACUCGGGUUCACUGUCUACCCUUCUCCUCAGGUUUCUACAUCUGUUGUAGAGCCUUACAACAGUGUUCUGUCAACCCACUCCCUCUUAGAGCACACUGAUGUUGCAGUGCUCCUUGAUAAUGAAGCUAUCUAUGAUAUUUGUCGAAGAUCUCUUGACAUUGAGAGACCUACUUACACCAAUCUCAACAGGCUCGUUUCUCAGGUUAUCUCAUCCUUGACUGCAUCGCUGCGAUUUGAUGGUGCUUUGAAUGUAGAUGUAACAGAAUUUCAGACCAAUUUAGUCCCAUACCCUAGAAUCCAUUUCAUGCUUUCUUCGUAUGCACCAGUUAUUUCUGCUGAAAAGGCCUACCAUGAGCAACUAUCAGUAGCAGAAAUCACAAACAGUGCUUUUGAACCAUCUUCCAUGAUGGCCAAAUGUGAUCCGCGCCACGGGAAAUACAUGGCCUGCUGCUUGAUGUACAGAGGUGAUGUGGUGCCCAAGGAUGUGAAUGCUGCAGUGGCAACAAUCAAGACUAAGAGGACCAUCCAGUUUGUGGAUUGGUGCCCAACCGGGUUCAAAUGUGGUAUCAAUUACCAGCCUCCUACCGUGGUGCCAGGUGGCGAUCUGGCCAAGGUUCAAAGGGCAGUUUGUAUGAUUUCUAACUCAACGAGUGUUGCUGAGGUGUUCUCAAGGAUUGAUCACAAGUUUGAUCUGAUGUAUGCCAAGCGAGCAUUUGUGCAUUGGUAUGUCGGUGAGGGUAUGGAGGAAGGUGAGUUUUCAGAAGCUAGAGAGGACUUGGCUGCUCUUGAGAAGGAUUAUGAGGAAGUUGGUGCGGAAUCUGCAGAAGGGGAUGAAGACGAAGGCGAUGAGUACUAGGCGUCUGUGUUAGUGUGGAGAGAGGAUAGUGUUAUUCUGCCAAUGGACUCAUUGGUUAUUUUGCCUUGUUUCUUCUAGUAUCAAAAGACAAGUUUUAAUCAAUGUUUCCUUUAAUGUCUGCUCAAAUGUGGAGGUUAAGUAAUAAAGUGAAGCUGGGAUUUGCGAUGUUGCUUGAACUUACA